AAACCCGGAACUAUCGUUCCUCCUGCUUCCCCCAUCCCCCCACCUGCCGCCGCUGCCCGGCUUUGUCCCAAGAUGGCGAAGCUAUUGAGCUGCAUUUUAGGCCCGCGGCUAUACCGGGUCUAUCGGGAAAGAGGUCCCCCCAGACUUCGCCGUAUUAGGGAUCAAGCAGACGAUCCGUCCCAACCCCUUCUAGAACCAUCCUGGGAAUCAUAUUACCAACCACGAACUCUUGAAAAACAUGCAGACAGCAUCCUUGCACUGGCUUCCGUACUGUGGUCCAUUUCCUAUUACUCCUCCCCGCUCGCUGUGUUUUACCUGUACAGAAAAGGAUAUCUCACUGUGUCAAAAGUGGUUGCUAUCUCCCAUUAUGUCGGGACCUUGAUGCUCUUGUUGGCCGGGAUUGCCUGCCUCAGAGGCAUAGGCCGCUGGACAAACCCUCAGUACAUUGAGUUCAUCACUAUCCUUGAGGAUGCACAUCGGUAUGGGACACCCGAGCACAAGAAGAAGCUUGCCAGCUACAACUUUGACUUCAGGAGUUGGCCCGUGGAUUUCCGGUGGGACGAGGCUACAAGCCGGUCAGAUUCGGGCCAUGUCCCCCUGCUGCGGUCAGAACCAAAGCACCGAAGUGCAGUCAAUGGCUUUCUGCAUACCCUCAAGAAGCUGCCCUGCCAGAUUGCCAGCUUCAUAGUGGCUCACACCUUUGGACGGCGAAUGCUGUACCCAGGCUCGGUGUAUCUGCUGCAGAAGGCCCUCAUGCCCAUGUUGCUUCAAGGACAAGCCCGGUUGGUGGAAGAAUGCAACGGAAAACGAGCAAAGCUGGCAGCUUGUGACGGAAAUGAAAUUGACACCAUGUUCAUGGACCGAAGAGGGACCUCAGAACCGCAAGGCCAGAAACUGGUGAUUUGCUGUGAAGGAAAUGCAGGCUUUUAUGAAGUUGGCUGCCUUUCCACCCCUCUGGACGCUGGAUACUCUGUGCUGGGCUGGAACCACCCUGGAUUUGCAGGCAGCACCGGGGUGCCGUUGCCUCAGAACGAGGCCAACGCCAUGGAUGUCGUGGUGCAGUACGCCAUCCACCGCCUGGGUUUCCUUCCGGAGGACAUCAUCCUCUACGCCUGGUCCAUUGGUGGCUUUACAGCCACUUGGGCCGCCAUGUCGUACCCAGAUGUCAGUGCCUUGAUUCUGGAUGCCUCCUUUGACGACCUCGUUCCUCUUGCCCUCAAGGUCAUGCCGGAAAGCUGGAGGGGCUUGGUCACCCGAACUGUAAGACAGCAUCUGAAUUUGAACAAUGGGGAGCAGCUUUGCAGGUAUCAGGGGCCCGUGUUGCUGGUGCGCAGGACCAAAGAUGAGAUCAUCACCACAACGGUUCCCGAAGAUAUCAUGUCCAAUAGAGGGAAUGAUCUGCUUUUGAAGAUGCUACAACACAGGUAUCCCAAAGUCAUGGCAGAAGAGGGCGUGAGAGUCGUACGGGAAUGGCUAGAAGCUUCCACACCCGUGGAAGAGGCCGCCGUGUACAGCCGCUAUGAAGUGGAGGACGACUGGUGUCUGUCGGUGCUGAAGUCCUACAGAGCUGAAGAAGGAGACGAAUUUCCCUGGAGUGUGGGUGAAGACAUGACUCCUGAAGGGAGACGGCAGCUUGCACUGUUCCUGGCCCGGAAGCACCUACAAAAUUUUGAAGCCACCCACUGCACUCCACUCCCUCCCCAAGAGUUUCACCUCCCAUGGAGCUUAUAGCACUCCUUCCCCGGCAGCGCUCAUUGCUUUUAUGUAUUGGUGGCUUUCUCCACCCAUCUAUGGAGUGUGUUGGCUUCUCGUGUGUGUGCGCGUGUAUAUCUGGCUGUCACUGUUCCCUUCCCAGCUCCGCACUGUAAAUCGGCAUUCUCUCCUCUGUCAUGUUUGUCCUGUAAGCCCCAAACCAACACAUCGUUAGAGGACGUUGAUAAUAAAGAUGCUAUUUUUUAUAGUU